AUGUCGGGAGGCAUCGCUUUGCCCGACCUCUACCUGUGGAAGGACUCCGGCCUGAUAAGCGACCUGUCCCUGGCCGACACGCCUCACGCGCUCCUGGACAUCCAAUACGCAGAGUUGCUCGUGUCGGAACUCAACAAGACGUACACGCUCGAACAGACGCAGAGCGCUCCACAGGUUAGGCUUAGGGGCUACCUCAGGUGCGGCUCUCCGUACUCGCUGCUUAUGGUCGACCCGGACGCGCCUAACCGGAAGGAUCACGUGAAGCGAAGUUGGCUCCACUGGAUGGUGCUCAACGCGCCGAGCAGCGACAAGUUUCACGAAGGCGACGUCGCCAUGCCGUACAAUGGUCCGAACCCUCCCAAAGGGUCGGGACCUCACCGGUACGUGUUCUUGGUCUACUGCCAGGACGGAGCGCACCUGAACAAGGACGAGAUGACGCCCAAGGAAAGGCCCAGCUACAACGUCGCUGAAUUCGCCAAGAAACUGGCCACGAAGAUGCCAAUCGCAGGCUGCUUCUAUUACGUCGAGAAAAUCUGA